AUGGCUCCCACCUCCCGUACUCGUACCUCGACUACGUACAUCAAAGCCGAAGAUGACUGUCCCUCGACCUUACGAGCUCGUUUGCGCGACGAUCCUCCAGCGAAAGCUUCCCCCGUCAAGCCUCCUCCAUCCCAGAGUAUAUACCAGCAGGUCCAUGCCUUUCUAGGCAAUUAUGCAAAUGUCCACAAGCGAAACAAAUCGGCGGUCCAGGAACCAGAGAGCAGUGACCCAGCUACCCAGUUUCAAGAGGCAUACGCACGAAUCGGACUUUCCAUACAUACCUCCGCGACGGAACACCUCGGGAAAGCACAUGCCGACGUACAAACCGUGAUCAAGCGCUUCUCCGAAGAAUCUUCCAAGACACUGGCGCAAAGUCGAGACCUCUACGCGAACAUUGAGUACCCUCUGUCGAAGACUCUAUGCAACUCGGAAGAUCACCCCCGAGCAAGUGUCGAAGUCCAUCUCAAUCGCCUCAAACAAGAUAUCGCUGCGGCGAGGGAAGAAGUUCUUCGCCUCAGCGCUGAGUGGGAAGAAUGUUGUCGAACCGAAGAAGAAGCUUGGGAUGACUUCAAGAGGGGCUUCGAUAACCGUGGUCGAGAGGAGAAAGGUGUGAGUAAGAAAGUGAAUGCAGCGGCCGAGGAGUUCAAGAAAGAAGCAAGGGCGAUUGUUGAGGCUAAUUAUCAGUUGUUAGACGAGACUGACCAGGACUUCAAACAAAAGAUUCAGGAAGAAACCCAAAAGAUAAUGGCGAAUCUGCUCGCAGAUAUUUGA